GAACUCAUACGCUUCUUCACAAACAGCCCACAAGCCCGCGAGCCCCAAACGCCAAGACUUCGGCAAAAGGUCCGCGCUCGGCAAGAGCCCGCUUUCUUCGCUCCCGUCUCCACAAUAUGCCUCGCGCACGCCUCGCUCUGCCCUUUUCACUCCACGGGAGCCACUCGCGACCUGCCACCUUUUACCUUCAGCUCGCUCCAGUCAGCACGCCGCAGCUGUCCCUCGCGCGGCGCAGAGAAUGGACUUGGAGCCAGUGCUCUGCUUCGGCGCCUUCCGGCGCCAUUCACCGGCGAUCCAUCACGCGUUCGCGGCCCGUGGCUCGCGAUGUGCGGACUAGCUCUGGUGCUGGAAACAGCGGCAUGCCUCCGCCCCGCGCUCGUGGCCACGGGGGCGCCGCCGACGAGGAGCCCGAGAACGAAGACCCCACGGUUAAGGCCGCCAAGAUUCAAGCGGCCGGGCAAACGAAAGUAGCUCUGGUCCAGGCCGGCGCGAUGUUUGCUGGCUUCUUUGUGCUGGGCAUCGCGAUGUUUGCUGGCUUCUCCGUGGUGGCCGACGCCCUCCGCGGCGUCCCCGCUGGCUUUACGGAGAAGCUGAGCGCCCUACUCAAGAGCCUGCCCACGAGCCUACUUGAGAAUGGUCCGAUGUUUGCUGCCGGCCUGUUCACCCUGCUGGCCUUCGCGAACGCUGCGCCCAUGGUAGCCGCUGCGUUUGGCGUCGUCGCUACCGUCGGAGCAAGCCCGCCUUUUUUUUAUUUUGGAGUCGGCAUGGAUCCGGAUCCGGAAGUCGACCGGCCUCGUGAGUCACAGACAACGGAGGUUACCGCCUUACGCAUGCGAGGUUCUGGCGCGCCUUGGGCAUCCCCCCGAUGCCUAUUCACCUUCGGCGCUGGGUGGCGGAGGAGUGGUGGUACCAGGGCCUGGCGGACCUGGAGGCGAUCCUGAGGGAGCCUGGUGACCCAUGAAGGCGGCGAGUCUGAGGGCGCCGUGGUCCGCGGCAUCCAACAAGGCGCUCCCAACCAGCACAACCUGCUCCUGGCCCGGCAGCGGCGCCUCCGCCACGGCCAGCCGCCAAGCCACACGCCCGUCCCCAACCGCUCAGGCCAGGCGGCGCCCGUGCCGCCCCCGCCCGUCAUGCGGGUGUUCCUCACGGAGACGAGAGACGUGCGCAGCGGGGCGGUAGCGCGGCCGCGGUGGGUGGAGCAGCGACCCAUGAGUGCCGAUGACAUGGCGGCGUCGGGGAGCUCGAGGAGGAAGUGCAGGCGACGCGGGUGGCAAGCUAGGGGUGGGGCGUGUAAGGACUCGGGAGGCGGGCUAGGUAGGACGUAGGAUGCUGGCGGUGGGAGGUAGGCGAUAGGAGGUGUACGAUGUGUGCGGCCCAGCGUGGCAGGUGCAGGUGUAUGUUACGUGUCGGUGUCGCGUCGUGUUGCCGUUGGUGAGCCGCUGGGCGUGUGUCGGGCGUGGGGCGGGAGGGCGGAAGACGGGGUGGAUGCUGCCGCCGGGUGGCGAGGCAGAUCGAACGAGGGUGGGGGGGGUGUUGCUGCGCUGGCUCAGAAGUGCAGUGUGCUUCGGGCAGGGAGCGGGCGGCCGAGAGCCUGCUUGGCGGCGUUGCUGUAGUACCAUGUUGGCGAGAUGCACC